AUGCUGUUCCUCUUAGCGCUGGUAUCUGUGGUUGGGUUCGGCCUGGCCACCCCGACUAACUAUAACUGGGGGCAGUGCUUGUGUUUGACAGGAACCAAUGUUAAUGUGCGCAGCUCAGCUUGUGGAACCAAAAUUGGAACCGCUUCAUCUGGCCAAUGCUUCACAUCUAAAGCGUCCAGGUUAACCUCCUGCGGCUACGUGUGGUAUAAAGUGAACUACAAUGGAAAGGAUGGCUGGAUAGCGGGUGACUAUUUAGUGACCAGUUCCAGUUGUAGUGGUAGUAGCAGCUCCGGCGCAACUGGAAAAGGACUAUGCACCAGUGCCAACAUUCAAACUGUUGGCCGGGUUGUCCACGGCGAGGCCAAAGGAGAGUCCAUAACUGGUCAACUGGCCGUAGCGUACACCAUUGUAAACAGAGUGAAACACAAUGGAUACCCAAACACACUCAAUGGGGUUGUUUACCAACGAUACUCCAGUGGUUACCAAUACAACACCCUCGAUGAUCCCAAUCACGACAGAGCCUGGGCUUCAUCCAAAGCCAACAACGAUGCCACCUAUCGUAGAGCAAUCGAAGCCGCUGAAGACGCGUUGUGUGGCUACAAGUCAGACCCUACCGGCUGCGCAACAGACUACUGCGCAUACGAUCCUUGCUCGGCGACAAAGCCCAAUGCUUACUGGGACGUCUACAAUAAGAAGAAGAUCGGAAACCACUGGUUCGUUUGCCGCAGAUCCAAGAGUGGCUAAGCAAAAUUAAGUC